AUGAAAACGGCGACGGUGCGUGCAACGCAGUCUGGCAUUCAAUUGCCAGCAGGAGAGUAUAUACAGACAUUGCCAAACGCGCCUGAUCAGCUGUCAGCUGCGUUGCGGCAACACUUUGCUGGAGUGAAUUUGGUUUUUGUUCCUCCGCCACCUCGUGUUUCGAUUGAUGAAGUUUUGCAGGUGGCCCGUGGGAUGCCGCUAAGAUCUUCUCAUCGGCAAGUGCAGCUGCAGCGUCAGAUGCAGCACCAGCAGCAAAACUUGCUUGGAUUUGGUACCGCUGGGAUGAUAGCUCCUCAAAUGCAGGUGGCUCAGACUGUUGCUAUAGCGGCAUCAGUGGCUUCAGUGCUGCAGCAACGGGGGGAGACUAGCUUGCCGAAUCUGCAGAUUUUCGGGCAGAGCAAUAGGUCAGAACCGGUUGCGGCUCCGGCUAGGAACGGCAGCUUGAGUGGGUUGCUGGACCGUGCUGAGUCGCAAUCAAGCGCGAGGGCGCAAGUGGAUAAUGCUGCGCAGCCGUUGCUGGCGCUGACGGAUGGCACGGCAGAGCCGCCGCUUCCAGCAGCGCCGGGAGUUGAAUCUGUGGCACCUUCUGUGGCUGCUGCUGCUGUAGCUCCAUCUGUGAGUGGGAAGUUGUGUGCGGAGGCACCGGUGCCCUCCAGUCCCGGGGAUGUUUCCGGUGCAGGUCAACCGGCGCCGCCUGUCAUGGGAGAAGCAGCUGCGGCAGCGGAUGCCCUGGCAAGAGCACAUUAUGACAAGACGUUGCCAGAUUUGACAGAGUCAGAUGAGAAAGUUGCAAUGAAGAAGCCAGCAUCUCGCUUGGCAGCGACUCCGACCCAGCAAGGUGCAGCUGGUGGGGGGAUGAAGCGACCUGCCGCAAGCAAAUCUCAGUGCAAGGUGAAGGUUCAGGAAGUGCAGCAAGAUUCGGUGACGAUAAAGCCGAUGGCAGGAAUGAAACGUCCUGCUGCAAAGUCCCUGAAGUUGGAAUCGGUGAAGACGCAGGCAGCGGCAGGAAUGAAACGUCCUGCUGCAGCUGCAUCAGUGGCCAAGCUUGAGAAGCGUCCAGCCAAGCUUGACAUGCGUCGUCGCUUGAAGUUGCGACCGAAUGGCUGCGGCAAAUGCCGCUAUAAGUUUUUGGCUGGCAGCGCAUUCGUCGUCAAAGGCGUCUUUCCGAAGAAGUUGGCUGAUGGGACAGUGCAUUUGACCUUGUCCAAAACGGCCAGGGAAGCCAUGCGAUGCCAGACUUUAGAAGAUAUGUGGAAGAAGUUGGACUCCGGGAAGCAGCAGCCUUGCACUCCGGAAGAUGUUCCCUCGACGACAGCUUCCGACGAAGCCUUUGAGAUUCCUGCUGAGCACGCAUGGCGUGUCAAGGUGCGCUCUGCAGUGCGCGACACCAUGCGUGAGAUUGCUGAGCGGGCGGAAAACGCUCAAGAAUCAUUGGAGGAAAUGUUUCCGAUCCAUGGAAAGUUGGCAGUCAUGGAGCAUCGACUGCUGACUGAUCCUGCUUUGGACAAGCAGGAUGCGCAUGAGGUACUUCGCCUGGGUCGCAUGUUUCUUUAUAUGUGCGAUCUUGAGAGCGAUGCCGAACCAGCAGAGAGUGAAGUGUGUGAGUAUGACAUAGAUGGAGAGACUGUGACGGCUUCGACGGUUUUGAUGUAA